UCCCCCCUCCCUUUUUAGGGUUUCCUUGCUCCCCGUUCCCGAUCGAGGCAGAGUCGCCAGAGGUAUUCCAAGAGAGUGUUUUCUUCUGAUGAUUCACGAAUACAUUUGUCUUUGAGUUUGCAGGUUUUGUUUCUGAUCUUGAUUUCUCUUUGGUUGUAAAAAUCUUCUGUGGUGUCUUCGUUCCAUGGUCUUGUGGUAUAUCUUUUGUUCGAUUCAUACAGUUGACGAUGAUGGUUGAUGUGGCUACGAAUUCAAUCUAGCAUCUUGUGGCUUCGACGUGACAUUGAUGAGUUGCUCAUUAGAUAGGAGAGUCGAUGCCUGUGACGUGUUUGUUGAAAUGUUGAUAGGCACCCUGGGAACCACAGUCUGAGCUUUGCUUUGACAACUGCAUCGCAAAAUCGUCCUAGAUCCACUGUGGCAAUGUCGAGUAAUGCUGACACUGCACAAGCAAAAAGCCGAUCGGGCCGCCUUCCCAGAAAGCGGUUCUAUCGAGCACGGGCACACAGCAAUCCUCUCAGCGACUCGCACUUUCCAAUCCCCAUAAGUCCUGCGGAUUUUGAUUGCUCCCAUCACUACCCUUACUUUUUCCCUCCCGGGAGUGGGGGUCGUAGCGACGGGGAUGCACCUCCCCGCAAAGUCAGGUUUGCUGAUAUUGGCUGUGGGUUUGGUGGAUUGCUCGUUGGCCUCUCGCCUCUCUUUCCAGAUACUCUAAUGCUAGGGAUGGAGCUCAGAGAUAAGGUAACUGAGUACGUGAAAGAGCGAAUCUUGGCAUUAAGAGCCUCGAACCCAGGGCAUUAUGAGAACAUCUCUGUGGUUCGAACCAAUUCGAUGAAAUACUUACCUAACUACUUCGAGAAGGGGCAGCUAUCGAAGAUGUUCUUUCUUUUUCCUGAUCCCCACUUUAAAGAGAAGAACCACCGACGAAGAGUGAUCAGCCCUCAACUGCUCGAUGAGUAUGCUUAUGCACUUGAAGUCGGGGGUAUCAUAUACACAAUCACGGAUGUGGAGGAACUUGGGGAUUGGAUGAGAUCUUGCUUGGAGGAUCAUCCUCUAUUUGGAGCUGUUCCUGAGGAAGAACUCGAACUCGAUCCUGUUGUUAAGUUGUUGUCUUCUGCGACUGAAGAAGGUCAGAAGGUUGCCAGGAAUGGCGGUCAAACAUUUCGAGCUGUAUACCGGCGAAUUAAGCUUGAGGAGGAAUAGUUUACUUCUGUUUAGUUAUUAGUUCAGUCUGAAAUGAGUUUAUAUCUUUGCAACAGAUCAAUUUGAGACAUCUUAACGGUAUGUCGGCACCUAGUUCGGAUACGCAUUAUGGUGUUAUUUAUUUGAGUUUAUUUAUCCCUGGUUA